UCCGAUGCUUCAGUUCAAUGACGCAUCGCCGUCUGCUUAAUGACGUCACUUGACUCACAGAAGUGGGAGAAAUAAAGACAUUAUUAUUUCCAACUGGGUUGUGUGUGUGAAAAUAGUGACAGCACUGUUUAUUAUUAAUUUAAAUAAAAGCUAUACUGAACUCUAUGAAUAAUGCCAUCUAGUGAAUGUGCCGUAGCUACAUGUAAUAAUUAUUAUGCAAAAACCAAAGGAAAGGGAGUAUGUUAUCACAGGUUUCCCAAAAACAAAAAAAUCGUAGACCAUUGGAUAGCUGCUUGUAAGCGAGAAGAUGAAUUUAAAAUUGAAAAUGCGACUAUUUGCUCAAUUCAUUUUAAAGACGAGGAUUAUCAAAGGGAUUUACGAAAUGAACUUUUGGGAAUACCGCUUCGAAAAUUUUUAAAAGAAGAUGCUAUACCGACUAUAAAUUUACCUAAUGUUCAAAAAAGAAAAUUAUCUGAACGUCAUGAACGACAAGGAAAGCGUCAAAGAAAACCAGAAAUAAAGCCUUUAUUAGAAAAAUCUCCAGCAUUUAUUGACAAUGAUGAUGAUGAUGACAAUAAUAGGCAAGAAGAAUCAGUUAUGUCUUUAAAAUAUGAUCAGCUUUUACAAGAAAUAAAACGGCUGAAAGCUAAAAAUAAUAGCUUACGAAAUGAUAAUUGCAUUCUUUUGAAAACGCUUAAAACUCAGAAUGAAUCUCUAAAAAAAGAAAAUUUGCUUCUGAAACAAAGUUUAGAAAAAUGCCGUCGAUUAAUCAAGAAGCAUGCUAAAGAGAAAUUAGAAUUUACCAAAAGCAUUCUUUCAAAAAUUUUUACACCAGGUCAAAUAAAGAUAUUAUUAGGUGCUAAGCGAGUUGUAUGGAACUCAAAAGAUUUUGUUGCUGCUAUAGCUUUAAGAACUGUAUCUCGAAAGGCAUAUAUUUAUUUAAAAAAUCAAAUGAAAAUUCCACUACCAGGACUGUCAACUCUACGAAAGUGGGAAAGCAAAUUGUCUUUUCAACGAGGCUUGCAGUCAGUAGCAUUAGAAUUAGUGAACAAUAAAGGAAAAGAAUUAACUGAAGUUUCAGAAAUAGUUAGAAAAGUUGAAAGUCAGGAAUUAGAAGAGAGACUGAAUGAGCAGCGUAAAGCAGUACAAGUUAGUAAAAGCAACGAUCCAACUGUGAUAGAAAAGGAGCAGGAAUCCUAUGUAAAACAGCACCAGUUUCUGUUUAAAUUACUCACAAAAGAUGUUCGACCAAGAGAAAAUACAUCAGAAAUAGUGAAAGAAGCUGAAUGUCAGGAAUUAGAAGAACGGCUGAGUGAACAACUUAAAACAGUGGAAGUUAAUAAAACAAAUGAUCCAGCUGUGAUAGAAAAGGAGCAGGAAUCCUAUGUAAAACAGCACCAGUUUUUAUUUGAAUUACUCACAAAAGAUGUUCAGCAAAGAGACUCUGUAGAAAAACACCAGUCUCAGCUUAAUGCAGUCAUAAAUGAUGAUCAGCAAAGAGAAACUAUAGCACAGCACCAGUCUCAGCUUAUUGCAGUCACAAAUGAUGAUCAGCAAAGAGAAACUAGAUUAACAAUUGCAAAACAAGAAUUAAAAAAAGAUGCAGAGAAUGAAACUUCAUCAGGAGAGUGUACUAUUUCUAGUAAAAUUGUAGAUCCUGCUGGAAAUAUAAUUGGUGAAAGCAUAAUCACUGUGGAGAAUAAUGAAAGAUUCAAUCUGCCUGCAGUUGUCCAAAUGACUGAAAUGAAGGAGCAUCAUACUGUAAUUAAUAUUAAAAAAGAAAGGCUCUCUCCUGUAAAUGUUAUAGAGCAGCAGUCUUGAAGUUGCCAACUGUACAGAUUUCCAAGGAGAAAGAAUUCUAAAAAGAACACAUGAGAAUGAGAAGUAACUUAUUAUGCAUCCUGCAAUUCCUAAAUUAAUAUCAUCAUGAACUGUGAUUAGGUUUAUUUUUAAUUUUUCCAGUUAUUUAAAAAUUAAUUUUAUAUUUUCAUAAUUGUACAUAAAAUACAGUCAAAAGUCGUUAAUCCGGACUUGUCGGGACUUCGGCGAUUCCGGAUUAUCG